AUGUGUUCAUACGUUACACUGGAACCUUAUCAAGAAGGUGCAAACCCAGACAAGUCCUAUUCGAUGACAGAAAAGUUGUCACUGACAGGAAUCGGUGGUUACCAUGGGCUCGUAAAAACCCGUAGUAACAUUCUCGACCUCAACCAACGAAACAACAUCGCUGUUGGACCGAAAAAUAUAAAUGUAACGUUUCCAAGUCUUCCACUAGAUGGAUGUGUUGAUGUCACCUUAAAGUCAGGUGAGGAAAAGUCUUACAUUGUAGAAAGUGUCCCUGAUGAAAGAACGCUUAUCGUAACCGUGAAUAGCAGCAGUGAUGAUGCAAUCCAUGAGAUGUUUGUCAGGCACGCUAAACCAGCCACUGCUUAUCAAUAUGACGGCGGUCCACGAUUUGUAUUGUCUGCAGACCAAGAAGUUAUUAUACCUAAGUCGAUUGACGGUAGGUACUAUGUCUUGAUAAGACGAUCUGACAUGUCUGCCAAUGCAUCUACUUCGCGACUCUGUGCACGGAUUGCUAAGUUUGAAAUCAUUCGUGUUUCUCCUAAUGGUGUGGCUCCCCUAGGCAAUGCCACUUUGCGUUUUGAAGGAACUCUUUUCGGACAAGAUGUUGAAGCCUUCCUUAUCGACGCUUCUGCAAUGCAAAACGUUUCCAUAAAAGCUAAUGAAGUCUAUCGUAUGAGCUCAACAGAACUGUACGCCACGUUUGUCACGACAAGUUUUAUUGAGGGUGCAACCUUCCACGUCAAAUUAGUAAACGUAGAUACUAAGGAAGAAGCCAUUUUGCGGCGUUCUUUGGCCAUAACACGAGGUGAACCUGGGCGGUUAGAAACACAUGUGGAUUUCCCCGAGGCGUUGCGAAUGCUAGGUCCGGAAGAGAAUACCGGAGUGGUAACGGUAUUGUAUGAAAAUGUUGGGGAUACCGACAUUACUGCUCCUCUGUUGGCUCUUAGUGUGACCGGUAAACAAGUUCAGCUUCGUCCGGUUCAGAGAGACAGACCUUCGUCUCAAGCCUCAACUACCGUCGUUUUCCUUGCGCAAGCAUUUCGAGGUCCAGGUGGCAUCCUACCUCCAAAGGCUUACGGAGAAAUCACAUUUGAUAUAGUGCAAAGCAAUAUGAGGGGGGCAGGAGAGUUUGCACUUCGGAUUGUUGUUGGAGACAAACAACCUCAUAUUUACAUGAACAGCAGUGACCAACUUAAACCCGACUUUUUGCGCGGAGAGCUUUGGGCUCCAGUGUGGAGAAACUUUUUGUUUUCAGUUGGACGGACCGUUUCUUCGUUUCAGAACCGAAUGACUGCUGCAAGUACUUUCCUUAGUAGGUCAGGAAGGCGGGUCAACUUAUUGACUGAUCUUGUUCAGUUCCAACUUGAUGUGGCCAAUGGCAAGCUUACCGGUAACUUAAUUUAUUUGUUUGUGUUAAUGAGUGCUAUAUAGGAACCAUAGGCAGACUAAGCAAAGACAACGCCACGAUAGAGUCGAUGGCGCGCGCAGAUCAAAAAACCUUAUUGACCAAUGGCAGAACAGCAAAUGAAUCAACUGGAAGUCGCGUUCAGUCAGUUUCGCGUUCUUUUGCCUACUCAUGUUGUCUUUACUUAAUCUGCCAAUUGUGGCUGGGGACUAGUUUCAAGUCCCGCUCUAGCCAAUAACUUAAUAACUGGAGUUGUUUUUCGGUUUUAAAUAGCCAACUGAUUCGCUUUCUGUUAAUUGGAAAUUUCAAACUAUUUCUCUGUUAUGUGUCAUUUGAAUUUUUUUGUUUCUAUUAUUAUGUUUCAUUAAUACCCUUUAGCUUAAAAGCUUCUUUCCUUCUUUGGAAAGGAUUGUCACGGCAUUUGUUUGCCUAUUUUUUUUUAGCCUGGCAAUCAGGUGGUUUGGCUAGCAAAACAUACGCCCUUUGAUUUGCAACAAUGUGGUACAUUUUGUGUACUACAGCAAGAUUGCACGGAGAAAGAAAAUCUAUGAUUACAGAUCUUGCCCUUGUAAUUUCUCCAUUUAUCUGUUUUCUUUUUUUUAAUGACGCAUAUUAUAUACCUCAUGUCGUUUAUUUCUUUGUUUAAGGUGAGCCACUCAGUUUGGAAGAUGACUUAAGUGGCCAGUCCUCACCAGAUGAUUCACUGCCUUUAACGUUACAAAGAAUGUAUAGUCCCCUUCUCACUAAACGUAGAGGCAAGGGUGUCUUUGGCACCGCGUGGAUGUCGCCUUGGUGGUAGGAAAACCUUUUUUUAUGACGUUAGCUUUUCCCUUUGGUUUGCUUCCAGUCCCCCUCUCCCCCAAAAAAUCUUAUUUCCUAUGCCAUCAGGUUAUAUUCGACUCUCCUGCCAGGUUGUACAAUUCAUAAUACAGCAGUCAACGACAAAUACCAGUUGAGGUUCGAGCUUAACAACAUUCUUUGACUCUACUUCACCUGUAAAAAUAUGCCAGAAAUAGAAAACUCCCCCUCCUUUCUCUUUGAAAUCUUGGAUUGUUGUCUGUAUUGUUUGGGUAGUAGGAAUAAAAUCAAACACUAGGACGGCACAAUUGGGAAAAAAUAAACAAAACAAACAAACAAACAAACAAAUCAACCUUACCAAGUACCUCUUCUUUGCGGAGCUUCUCGUGAUUCUGUUUCCUUUCAACCAACUUAUAGGGAAGCUGAGGUAAUUCAAAUUACGCAGAAGGCGAUAAAAAUAGUUCAACUGCGAGAGGAACUUGUGUUUGACGUCAAGGAGACUGGGCUUUUUGAGUCAACCGAUGGAAAGAGAAUUUUUGUUAACAACACAGGUACGUUUGCUAUUUUGUCUUUAUUUUUUCGACAAAACUAGCCGUCGACUGAAAUUUGGUAGUAGUUCGCAUUUUCCUGUCCUUCAGCACAUGAUAAACAGUUAAGACCUUAAAGAUAUAUUGUUCUCAUAUCCUAGAACCACUCGCUGACAGGUAAUCCCAGGGUACAAGACAGUCUUGGUACAGUAAAAAUGCGAUUCAAGAAUCACAUUUCUUGUCCCUUCUUUUCGAUUUAAGUUACGUCUAAAUUUAUGUGGAAAUCUAACUUUCAUAUUUUUGUAUGUGAAAGCGGUUGUUUAAAAACCUACUGGUCGGAAGGCAGUACAUUUUAUUAAAUAUGCAGUUAAACAAACGCUUGUUUUAAGCUACGUGCAAACGAACGCAACAACUCCCAAUAUUGUUUGGUCAACAUUGUUGGGAGUUGUGGCGUCCGAGUUGGCAGUGGUGUGCAAGCGGGUGCAGCAACUCCCAACAAUACGGGGACCUGCAGUGCAUUGUGGGAAGACAACCCAUAAGACUUUGAGACCAUGUGUACUGCGCGUGCGUGGCCCCAACAAUGUUUUGAGAGUCGUGCAAACGAAUCCAACAUUAUCACGCUACGCUUCGGUGAUUAUGGAACGAAAGAAAUGUUGGCAGUUGUUGACUUGAAAGUUUGACCGGUUUCAAAUGUUGCGCAACGACUUGAAUAAACAUGCAACUGGGUGUGCAAACGGACGCAACAUGUAACAUCUAACAAAUAACAAGUGGACGAGUUGGUCAAACAGACCAUCAUUGCUAAAUCACAAAACAAAAUGCCCUCUUAUGUCUGCGCCGCCCGUACUCGUAAGUUAAAAAGGAGCUUAUAACUCAAGGAGAACCCGCUCAUGGGUUGGGCUUUCACAAAUGAAAUUCAGAGCACAACUACUUUGGUAUAUUGUUUAUUGCUACAUGAUAAUUCAUGAUAAUUUGCGAGUAGUUUGCUGAAUAGUUUGUGUGCGUGGCAAAUUAAAACAAAAAAGAAAGAAAGAAAGAAAGAAAGAAAGAAAGAAAGAAAGAAAGAAAAGAAAUUAAAGGUGACCAUUGUAAUUUCUUGAGAAAGCACGGCGGUUUGUAGCUACUACUUUCGCCAUGAUUGCCUUUCAAAUUUGUAGUUAUCAUGGAAUAAUUUGUGUUUGUGUUAAAAGCUUAUGAUUGGAUGCCAAAACGUGUGCUUAGCCUUUGAGCGUGCAGAAAGACUGUAUACAUUUAGCCUAUAAUACAAUGAUUCCUUCUCGUAUGCAGAGCUUUAUUUGUAUGACACCAGCAUUUCCACUGUAUUUACAUUUAACACUCUGGAGAAACAUUUGAUAAAGAUCCAGAAGGGAGGACAGGCUAUCAGUAUAGAGUACUCACAUGUAAAGAAGAGACCAUUGACGUUAAGACAUUCUUCCGGAAGUAAGAUUACCGUUACAUACAGCGACAAUGGGCUGUUACGAGAGGCGCGAUUGGAAGACGAGUCUGGAAAUGGACUAAGAUGGUAACUGAAUUUUUUGGAACAUUUCUUUUCCGUUUGUUGAGUCACGUGCAUGAAAAUUAUAGUGGUUUUCGUAAGAAUCUUAAAUUACAAACCGAAUCUGUCAUAGAAAUUGCCACCUGGUUUUAAUCCUGUUUAAAAUAGGAACCCCUUGGCAUCAGAAACACUUAAGGGAUUGUAGCACUUUUGAAUAUGCUCACCACGUUUGCCCUCGUGAGAGAUUUGUCUUGAGAAUUAGUUCAUUAUCUCAAGUGGCCGCUACUUUGGAGUUCAUUGUGUAAGCGAGAUGCUAAAAUUGGACCAAAAAAUGUUAAUUUCCUUGCAAAAUUAUCUUUAUGUAAUUCAAAAAGGGUCUAAAUUUCCUAAAAAUUGGUCUCCGUGAAAAAGCUGAACAUCAUAAAAGGCACUAUUUACCGAUACGGCGGCUAUACUGAAUUAAUAAGAUUUAAGGAGUAUUAUGGGAUGCCCAGGGGGCGUGCGCACGAUCCGAUAUACUCGCUCAGUAUUUACGCGUGCUUUGUGGGCCAAUUUUCCCUUAAGUUUUCCUAUAAAAAGAUUAUAAUGGGAAAAAAGAUCGUUGAGCUGUUUUUGGAUGUAACAAUGAUCGCCUUUUUCCCGUGAAGUUCUCUUUUUGCCCGAAAAGCGAGCGUAAAUGCCUGAGCGAGACCCCCUGGACAUCCCAUAAUACUCCUUAAAUCUAAUAAAUUCAAUAUGGCCGCCUAUUGGUAAAAAAAGGAUAGAGGAGUACUAAAAUCGCAGAAAAGUUAUUCUUAGUGGAUUAUGCCUACACUACCAACUCUGAAUUUAUUGUUGACCCGAGAGUUUUAUUCCAUGGUUGAUUAAUUUACCGCUAUUUGCACCUAAGUUGAUCAAGUGACUGCCAGGGGAGUGUGCAGAUUGGUUCUUUGACAACAUUAUGGCAUGAGGAUAUUGCUUUCAUAGACGAUACACAGACAUUUAGCUACACUCGUGAACCUGUCCUUCAAAACCAAACCAUCAUCAAACUGGGGUCGGAGAGGGGAGGGGACGACUUUAUUCAGUGUAAGAGGAGAUUACAGUUUUGCGCGAAAAUAGCAAAUACAUAGAGACAUGUCUCAAGAAUUUUUUAGGUUUCAAGAUAGAAUUCUUUUUAAGGUUUUUACCUUCUUUAGUUUUACUUAAAUUCCUUGAACUUGAUACGCAGUUUUUACACUUACGAUGAAGACAGCCUGAUAUCUGUUACCGUUGGAGAGCAGAUCACGCGUUACAAGUACAACUUAAAAGGUGAUCUCACAAGGGUUAUUUACCCCAACAUGGCUGCCGUCGAGUACUCUUGGAACCAGUUUGAACUUCUCAGUGGAAUAGCAAGUUUCAAUCAAGAAAAAAGGUUAAUUCAAGGAUUUAAUUUUUCGUACGAUUGGAAUGGUAAGGUGACGGUAUUCAGAACCCCACAGCGCGACUCUGUAGAACUUGUAUUCAGCGAAAAAGCAGAGAUGAUGGAUAUUAUUAGCGGAAGCUUUAGUGAUCUGAGAUUUGAAAGCGCAUCAAAAGAUGGCCAAGUAAUACGGACCAUCAAACAAGGAGACCAGGUAAAAAUAACAAAUUAUUUCGGCUUUUAGUUGAAAACACCCCAUGAAAUUAUUACCCAGUGGUGGUUUUCUUAAUCCAAAAACAGCUCAGAAAUUAGGUAGUGAAUGAAAUAUUUUGAAACUACACUUAAAUUUUUGAAACCCACUAAGUGAUCAGACAGGUCCAACUAGUUUCUGGUGAUGUUACUGUGACCUCGUACUGAAGACUUCAUGGAAGAACUUCGAUAAUGGCACAAAUUUUUGUACAUCUUCUUUCAAGUUACCUCUCAAAGAUUUUCCAAGUUUCAAAAAAAAACAUAAACAAACAAAACAAAAUCGAAAAAAGAAAAUCAGGAAGAAAAAGCAGCUGAGAAACGGUAUUAUUACAAAUCACUUUAACUGGUGCCAGCCUUUCAGAGAAGAAACGGUUUAGGUGAAGUGAAAAAAAAAAUCCUGUAUUAUCCUUACUAUUCAAGAGAAAUGGAAGGAGAAGGGCCCUUAUUUGCUAGUUUGACCGAGGGGACAGACGCUUUUUUGAAGGAGCGCACUCAGGAUUAGAGCUGGUGUGUGCUUAAAUAGAAUAGUAGGAACUUUCAGAUCCAACGACGUGGACGGCAACGACAGCGUCAAAAAAACAAUUGGUUUAAUAAGCAAAACAACAACUUCGCAGGUGCAUCAGGCUUUUUUGUACAUUUCUUUCCUGUUUUUGCACGACUACGAAGUGAAAAUGCCCAAUUGUGCGUUUUAUGGAGGACGCAAACAAGCAACGACGAAAUUUUAUUUCUCUUUCUGAGCUUGGCUAUGGUCACUUGAAAUUUAGCUUCAGGAGGGUUCGCCUACAUUUGACAAAGUAAGUUGGUAGGAAUAAUCCCGAUAAAGACUGAAGGAACGCAAAUUCACUUUUUAAGCAACGUUCUCGUUGCCGUCGCGUCGUUGGAUCGUAAAGUCCCCAGUAAGUGGUAGACUGGGGUGUUUCUUGUUCAGCCGUAAAAUUGUUAGUUAAGACUCAAAAGGGACUAGUAACUGGACAAACACUUCUUUACAAAGAAUUUGUAUUGACCCUUCAGCUUUAUAUACUUGAAUAUUUCAGGUUAUAAUGAAAAGGCAGUUCGACAAAAAGACCAAUACCAUGACGGUCGUCGACGCUAACGAGCACGAAACGCAAUUCCUGCUUUCAAAGAAAGAAGCAAAAGUAUUGAAUACAACAGAUCCGGAUGGCUUUGUAUAUGAAAACGUCUAUAGUAACGAAAGCAAGCUAAUUAAGUUCAAGUACCCGGAUGGCAAGACUGAACUUUAUGACUAUGAUAGCUCUGGCAUACUGGUCAAGUUCACCGAUAGGAGUAGCAAGGAACUCAGGUUUCAGUACGAUGAAAAAGGCAGAAUGGUAAGUUACUGUGUAGUAAUGCUACAAUCGGCUUCAAAACUAGGUGAGGAACUAGUCCUCAUUGUCACAUUUUGCGGGUACUAUUUACUUUUAAAAGCACAAAAUGUAAGUGACUCCUCCGAACAAUGUUUUGCCGUUGUUCAAGCUGCCAUAAGGGCGCAACAAAGAAGUCAACAUUGUUUUGGGGAAGUGAGGAGGGAUCUAGAAUGUUUUGUUAUUCGACCUAUACCCCAUUUGACAACUGGCAGUCUUAAGACGAUAUUGUCGUCGGUUGUGGCCAUGAUCCAGAUAGACCUAGUGAUCAUUUGUAACUAGUGCUGUGGACUCUCGAAUCCGGGACGUCUCAAAACCUUGCUCACCCUACCACAGUAUUCGCCAUGCUUGUAAAUGUAAUAAACGCUAUGGUGCAGAUAAGUCUCCUCUUACGUAGACUUUAUGCCUUAUCUUCCAACACUUCCUUCACCCGCCUGUGGAGUCUGCGCAAGAAUAAGUUCAGUUAUCAAAACCAGUCAGCAUUUUUAAAAACACGAACAACAACAACGAACACUCAUCUCUGGGAAGUUAAAAACCACUUGGUAUGCGGCAAAUCUCUGCUGGCAUUGACCCCCUCUAAAGUGUUGUCUUUGGACUUUGGUGGGUAAUCUGUAGGAAAGGAUCUUGACUGAUUCUCCUUCUGCCGUACCAGUACAGUACCGUAAACAGAGAGUGAAGACGUUUGCCAUUACUGAGAGAUUGGCCAAAAGGCUGAUGUUUUGCGAAUUUCAAACAUUGCUAUGAUAGUCUUUUUUUUGUGAUGUUUUACUUUAUUUUAUCACUUUUCUUUUGCAGGUCAGAAAAGAUGUGGAGGGUUUGGCUUCUUCAUAUUUUUUACACGAUGACGAAGGGAGUGUCAACCAAGCCAGUAAUGAUGUCGGGACAAUAAACAUUGAUUACGAUGCAAAAAAGAGACCAACCAGAAUCAUUUACCCAAACAAGCAGGACAUCAACUUCAGAUACAAUGAUCUUCACCGCCGCGUCGCUCUGACAGUGACCCCCUCUGGGUUAAAACUUACUUACACAUACGACCAGUUUAACCGGUUAGCUCAGAUUGGACGGGUCUCCCAAAGCGGUGCAGAAGACAUCCUCUUGAGAGUGGAAUAUGAUUCACAUGGAAUGGUGUCAAAGCGAAUUCUUGGGAGUGGAGCCUAUUCUGAUUACCUCUUAGACUCAAAGAAUUUCAAUUUGUUACGUCUGAGGAAUUACUUCCCAAACGGAAGCCUGGCGUCUUUCUUUGAGUACAACUACGAUAAUAAGGGGCGUAUCAUGCAAGUGAACACGACAUCAGGUAGCUGGCGUUAUAAAUAUGACGCAGCUUCGCAGCUCGUAGAAUCAGAAGAUCCACAAGGACAAAUUCUCCGCUAUGGGUACGACAAGCGAAAAAACAGAAUUUACGUCUCAGAGGAGCCGGGCAACAAGACUUUGUACGCAGUAAACGAGGUUAAUCAGUACGUAGCUGCAGGAAAUUACGACAUAAAAUACGACUCCAAUGGAAAUAUAAAAGAAAAGAUACAUAAGGAAGUACGGACUGACAGGCUGAAAGUCACAUUUAGUCCAGAGGACGUCCUGCUACAAGCCGAAACUCCUAACAAGAGGUAAAAAAAAUAUUUAAUAAAUAUCAGAUGUGGAUGCAGGGAGGAGGGGGGUUACGGUUGUCUAGAUACCUCUAACUACGCCAAUAUGAUCCAAGAUUAGUAAAUGUUCUUAGAUCACAGAUAGCAAUUGAAUACAUACGUAUAAAUACUACAAAAGGAAAAAACAACGUUCAUUUGGAAUCAGAAAAUUAGUUAUAUCAUCACAUGCUUUAUCUUUUGAACGACUACAUAAGGGACACAUUUUAGACGAGGAAUAGCAAGUUGGAGACCCCUUUUCAAAUUCCUGGAUUCACCUUUAAAAGCAAUUAGAAAUAUUUACACCCCCACCCCUCCUGCGUUAUGGCCCAUCUCGGAUGUUAGUCAUAGUUCUUUAAAGGAAAAGUUGCCAUUAACUUCCCAUUCAUUUUCUUACAUCGAAUUCGAACUAUGAUCUUCGACUUGGAAAGCAGUUAUUAGCAAUUUUGCUAGCGGAUUCGUUUGCCAGACAUGCGGAUUGCUUUAUAAUCAAACCAACAGCACUAGAGAGAAAUAUAAGGACGACAUUCCGUUCAAGUUGAAAUUGGCGUGAAGCUUCUACGAAAUAAAGUUUAGAAAAGUGGUGGCUGGACCAGGUUCAUAGAGACGAAAACAACUGACCAAACGUUUCGACAAAACAUUGCUUAACAUUUUUGUCGCAUCAGCUUUGCCACUAGAUUUCACGUGGGACAAAAUGACGUCACAUAUAGCUGCCAAGGAGUAGUGCGGCAUCCAAUAUGGUGUCUUGCGAUACUUUAUUGACAUUUUUUUUUUCAUCAGCUGACACUUGAUUAAGUCAAUUAUUUGUCUCCGUGAAUUGAAAAAAUAGGCCUUGGAAGCUGACGUUUACAGCGCUAGCCUCAUAGUGGUAAAACCAAAUUUUUGGGUGACAACCAACAAUGGAGCAGCCCCACGGCUGGUGUAGUCUUCCGCUCAACCGUUUUUAGUGUCGUCACGCAAGGGAGGAGCUGCGUGACGACACUAAAAAAUGAUUGAUUUCUCGUAGAUGUAAUUUCAUAUAUGACAGCCUGGGAAACUUGUACAAGAAGAAAUGUCGUCAGGAAGAAGUGCAGUACAUUGUUGACCCUUUUGGCAAUCCAGGAGCCGAUAUUAUUGGCCAGGUAGAUUAGAUUUUAUCGCUCUGAUCCAGUUUCGUUUUCUUUGCAAAGUUACUAAAGUAAAGAAAUACAUUCCUUACAUGCUAAAUCAUGUCACUUUGUUUUCCUUUGUUAGAUAUCGGGGAGAAAUGUAACACAUUUUGUUCACUGUGAAGAAUUUGGUUUAGUUGCACUCGUUGAUAUGAAUGGAGACUUGUACUACUACGAGUUUGAUGGCACAGGGUAAGAAUCAACGGCAAUUGAGGGUUCUCGGUAACUUAGCAGCUACCCCUCCCUUAAGUCAACAUUGACACUUACUUCUCACUUAGGGCAAAAUUGUGACUUAGAGGAGUGAUAGGUGGUCUGUUACCCAGAAACCUCAAUUGAUCCGAAUCAACUUCCCCCUGUGUACUAAGUAACCCUUCUAGUUGAUUUUCCAUUUUGACAGCCCAUCUCUGUGGGGUAUGUAGGAAUGGUUAGUUUCUUAUUUAUGUAUUUAAUAGACAGGAGAAGUCAGUACGUCACGUUGUCAUGGUAGCAAAACUUCUGGAUGACAACAAACCGAAAACAUCACUUAUAAAGUGAAUUCGCAGUGUUUCAAACUUCAUCGACCUUAUGCAAUUUCAUUUAAUUUGUCAAAUGUUGGCGAAAUUUUCUGGGGUUAAAUCCGAAAGGACCGUAAGGACCGUAUCUAAGUUAGUUUACAAAAGAAAAAUAAAAUUUUGUGCUCACCUACUUCGUAAAGCGGGUGCGUGAAAUUAGGAAGUUUCACGUCGCAGUCAUACAACGACGGCUAAGAACGUACAAAAAGAAAAAACGUGAUGCACGUGCAGAGUUGUUGUUUUGCUGAUAUAAACCUGUUACUUUUUUCCUUUCCUGUUUGCCGUCGCCUUCGUCGUUAAGCUCCCUUUUGUUGUGAUACAGAAAUUUUGCUACCAUGGUAACGUUUGACGUCAUAUUGUCACAAAUGGACGUCUAUUGAAAAAAUGGCCAACCUGUAAAACGGAUCCAUGAAAAAUUAUGGAGUGCGAAAAUAAACAUUCAGAACGUCAAGGGUCGGAAAAACGUGAAGUUCAACAGUUUAAGACUGGCUUCUGAUUUGUGCGCUCUGGAUGCGUGAUCACUUGUUGCUCCCAUCUUUUCCCGCAAGACUAGAUGAGGCCAUUUAAAGCAGGUUUUUCGGGAACCGGGAUGUGGUCGGGAUUGGAGACGUUGGUGGUUUAUGACGGAAUGGAAAUCUAUCUUUUUCUUAUUUAGCUUAAAGCUCACUAUUGAGAGCCCUGAACAAUAUUAUCCUGACUUCGAACAAUUAAUUAAUUAUUCUUUUACGGGCAAGAAAAUUGACCAAUAAAAAGAAGUUGUUGAGAUUGAAGAAAAAUGCUCUGUCCUCCUGAGCUCACGAAAAUUAGGGUUCAGGGGACAAUAAUUUUUCAAUUCCGAAGUAUCCAUCGUACACGAUCUCGGAAUAUUAUUCAAAUGUCAAGUUCACCAUUAAUUCCUUUCUCUCCACUACAGGUCUGUCGUUGGAGUACUGGGUCCAAGUGGUGAUCGCGUCAACAAAUACAAGUACGAUCCUUUUGGUAGAAUGUUGGAAAAAGACGAGCAGUUUCCGCAGGACUUCACGUUUGUUGGCCAGUGGGGAGUGACUGCGGAACGCGAGUUUACGGAUGUCUACUGGAUGCGGUCCAGAUAUUAUGAUGCACAGUUUGGAAGAUUUUUUAGCCUUGAUCCUCUUGGUAAGAAUCCUGGGGUAGAAGAGAGAAUUAACAAAUACUUUUUGGGCGUGUUAGGAAAUCCUCUAAAGAUAUCAAGAUAUCCUUCGCACAUAUUGAUAAGGCAAUGUACAAUUAACUAUCUCGCGAUAGAACCAAAUAGUAAACCAAUCAUCCUUUCACCAUGCUGCCUUGAAAUGUCUUUAGAGAGCUUAAGCAACGGCGACGGUAACAAGAACGGCAAAAAACAAUAGGUUUAGAUUGGCAAAACAACAUCUUUGCACGUCUAUCACUCUUUUUUGUACCUUUCUUUGCCGUCGUUGCACUGCUACGACGUGAAACUGCCUAAUUUCACGUUUGUAGGGGACGUGAACGCAAGAUAACGACUUUCUUUUUCUUUUUCUGGACUUUUAAGCAGUCCUUUAGAAUCCAAUUCCUGAAAAAUUCGCCAACAUUUGACGAACUGAACGAGAUGGAAUACGCGCGAUAAAGUUUGAAGCAAAAAUGACGUUUUCGUAGCCUUGGACGUCGUUGUUGCUUAUUAAGCUCCCUUUUGCCGUGUAACAAACUAUAUUAAAUAGUGGCCUAAAAUUGCUGAAGUGUACCUCUGCGCGCGUUACCUUUCGCCAGCGUUUGCCCACAGGCAAAUAGUAAAUCACAACGUUCGCUUUCCUUUUCUCAUGUUAUGAAACAACAUGGAUGCCUAUCUCUUUUGCUAUUCUCUUCGUUCCAGGUUUUUCAGGAGAAAGUAUUAAUCUGUAUUCUUAUGCGGCAAAUAAUCCGGUCAUGCUGAAGGACCCGCGAGGAAGGUGCCUUAAAUUUGCCAACGUAGCUGGGGGGCCGCUUGGGGCGCUUCUUGGUGCAGGAACAAGUGUUGCUGCAUAUGUGGCUUCUAAGGCGGUACACAAUCAAAAAAUUACAGUGGGAGGUGAGAAAGUUUAAACCUCGUGCAAAUACUUGAUAGACCCUUCCACGACUAUUUGAGCUCUUUACGUUUUCCAGUCAGCGAAAAUCCAUCAUAACCGCUGAGACAAACUUACAGUGCCCUUUUCGUAUUCCUUUCCGAUUGUGGAUCAGACGCAGCCUCAUCCCCGGCUGGCCAGUUGCGCUUGGAAGAGGAAGGGCGGAAGAGGCUUGAGUGCAAUAGUACAUGGGCUGGCCAAUUCCCCGACAAGGAUCAUGAGGCGGUAGCGUCAUAACCAAAUUCUCAGGGAAAGACUAUGUACGAAGUCGGAAGCGGCUCGAAAAAUAGUCUGCCUUCUUGCUACCAGCAAAUUGUAGUUGUAAUUGUAAAUUGUAAUUUGGGACCCACGAAGCACUUACGAGUUCAUGGCAACUUGUUGAAACGUGUCCGUGAGUUCCUGAUCGAAUUGGAAUUUGAAAGUGUUGGUUUUUAAGGAGAGGGAAAAACUGGAGUUCCCGGAGAAAAACCUCUCGAAACAAGGAUGAGAACCCACAACAAACUCAACCCAAAUAAUGACGUCGAAGCCAGGAUUUGAACCCCGGGCCACAUGGGUGGGAGGCGAGUGCUCUCACCACUGCGCCACUCUUGCUCGCUAAAAAUCUCAAACUCAUGUGUUAUUUUUCCAAAGUUAUCAAGGCGAGCCACUGUUCAAGAAAGACAGUGCAGUACAUAUCAAAUUAAAUGUAACUACUGUUUUAGGUCUUGUAUCAAGUGCGGUGACUGGCGCAAUAUCGUCGUUUGUCAGAGGCCCAAGUAAGUAUACAUGUAUGUGCAAUGUUAUAAGGAAUCAUAAUUAAAGCAGACGAACAACUCAGGUUAUUUGAAACACAAUCCCCUAUAGCGGACACAAUUUGAGGGAAUAAUUGACGAGCAUUCGAAAUGUACUUCACUUGGUGAUGACGUCGGUGUGUUUCAUAGGUUAUGUUUACACUAAAGGAUUCAUAAAUGUGUCCGGAUCUAUUUCAUUCGGGGUAUUUGUAUUGGAAGUCGUUUUCAUGCAUCCGAGAACAUUCAUUCAGAUACAGAUUUCUCCCUUUAGAUUCUAGGUGCCGUUUUUUUCUGUCCUUUUAAUGCCAAAUACUAUUACCGUUAUUACCAAUUUGUGCUCAUUAUUAUGAAAUUAUAAACAUAAAUAACAAGUAAACAAGGAUGCCAUUACGAAACUUCUAAUAAGCUUACAAGUUACUUUUUUCAUAAUCUGAUCAACUUUCAGAGGUCCUCGUUGGAUUUGGUACUUCGCUUCUUGGCUCUGUAAUUGAGCAAAAGAUUGACAAUGGCAGGGUCAACUGGAAGAAAGCAUUGGAUGAUGGAAUCAAUGGCGCAAUAUCCUCGGCUCUUCCUCCAUUUAAAAGUAAAUUACUUCGAAUUAUGUAAAACCUCUUCAAACUUUUCUAAUGAGGGUAAAGACGAGUCAGACACUAAUUACCAUAAAUUGUUGUUUUGUUGCUGUUCAGAGUUAAGGGGAAAAACAAUUUAUACGGAUUGGAUCAAUGAGAAAUACCGCCAGCUUUGGUUUGUCUACAGACGACAAGGCUACGUAAUUAAAAAUGCCCAAACAUACAGUAACCCGCGAGUAAGGGCCUGCAUUUUCCAUAGUUAGCUUAAACAGGUUCUUACUGAAACAGUGAUUGCAACAAAUUUAGGCUAUUUUGGUUCUUAAAUGGGUUCUUAUUUUCUGAAGAAAACUUACACCGCAGCCCUCUUACAGAACACCUAUAUUCCAUUACAUUGAAGUUGACAGAAGUGAUAAGACACCCAGAUCUCCACAGAGAGUUGUACAAAAUUUUAGGCUGAACGGGUUCUUUCAAAGAGGGGACCUUUAUCUGGCAUAUUUUAGCCUAACAGGUUCUUAAAAACCAGGUUCUUAGUAACAUAUUUCAUAAGUUUCGACUAAAAAAAAUGAUUUGUCUAAAACCAUUACUGAUUCAAGCCUGAGCUAUUAUCGGUUCUCAAUAAAGAGAAGUGUAAAAUAAAUACAAUAGUCAUAAGAGCGCAGCCCACCUUUUUUAUUCCUGGAACUGAUUAUAGAGAUGCCAUAGAAAGAAAGCUUUCAACAAGUUAUCUCUAAUGAUUGCUAAUUUCUUUUCAGAGGGAUGCAAUCCAGUCAUAGAUGACUUCAAUGACAAAUACACUAAAAACACUUUCCUUCCGCCAGUAACAUCGCCUGCUGUUAAGGAUCUAACGAACUUCACUAUAACAUGGAUUCAGUCCUGGGAUCCGGUAAGGAAGAUCACGGCCAGUAACGAGAGAAAGAGAUAGCAUCACGUAAUGGUUUACGUGUUGUGUGAGAUGGUUCUCACUUAGCGUUGUAAAUUUCUUGAAACAUUAGAAUGAAGUAGGAGUCCAAUCCCCACAGGAUUUUGCUGGUACACCAAAAGGGUCUUCGUGAAUUUAUGUGACAGCGAUCUUUACCCAGGCGUUGGGAAAAUGUAGGGCGUUUAUUCCUUUUUUUUUCCCCUUAAAUGCCAUUGAUCACCGUAGUCUCCGUUCUGCAUACUUUGGUGGCCCUUAAACAAAUCGUCUCCAGUUCUCUUCGCCUGCAAGAAAACGUCACUUGUAUUCCAAUUAUUAAGAUGAUGAGGCCUUCUCUGCAGGGAAUAUCGAUCAAUACAAUUAUUUCUUGCUAAACAGAAUGAAUACCCUGGUUUUGUCUCGCCGACCAUAAGUCAGGGAGUCGGGAGAACGGAAUUUCUGCGCGUUUACCCAACAAUAGCAGUGACCCUUAUAUGGAAAUGUGAUUUUUCUCAGAAUAAGGAUUGUUGAGUUUUCGACCUUACCUCCAGUGAAGCAAACUUUCGCAAACCUUUCCAGAUAGGCGUCUGAUUCGUAAGUUCACAUUGAGUUCCAUUUAAAAAGGCCUUUUGCGAUGGCGCGAUGAGUGCGAUUUCGGUUUUUCAAGUUCAUUUUUACUAGGAAUUCUAACUAGCAUUCUACCAUCUAUACAGAGCUGCGAUGAAAACAUUCCAAAAACAUUGGUCAAACAAGUUGAAUUCACACAAAAACAUGUUUGUUUGUCACGAUAAAGCAACUACAAUUUUAUUUUACGCAGAGACAAAAUCAUUCACGAAUUUAUAUACUUCUUCCUCAGAAACAAUGCAAAAAUGAUGUGUUGGAGACGUUGCUAUUGUUCAUUAUUUUAAAAAACACCAAAUCACUGUCUAUCGUGCAAUAGAUAAUAGGCAUGAGUACGUUGGCCAAUCGGAUUGCAGUAUUCUUGAGAGCAUGUCAGUUAGAUCUUACCAGAUGUACAAAUUCAUUGUCUUGUUUUUUUUAACACAGAAUGACAUGAUUGGUCCUCCUGGAUAUGGAGAAGCGCGCUUUAUUUCAGUAACAACACCGCUGAACUAUAAGAUUAGGUUUGAGAACGAGGCCAACGCCACCGCGCCUGCUCAGCACGUCAUCAUUCUGCACACGUUAGAUCAAGAUUUGGACAUGCGCACAUUUAGGAUUACUUCUUUUGGGUUUGGAAACUUUACCAGGAAGCUAACGAAUGCAAGGGCUUCUAUUCAGGUAAACGUAUGAAAUUUAGACAAAUUCAACCACUGGAAACUAGCCACUAAACAAAAAUAACCAUGCGUUUAAAGCAGUAAAGAGAGACAGAGCAUAUACAAAAAAAAGGGGGGGGAAUAAACAGGUUACAGUGGCGUAAACUGUUUUGUUUUUAAUAACUUUACAGCUCAAAAGUUUUCAAAGGUUAUCUCACUUUGUUGUUUGUUCAGAUGACAAAUUUUUUGGGUGUUUCUUGAUGUUGCAGCAACUGUUGUUGGUUGGCUAUUAUGUUGCGCAGUCAGUCAGGGUAUUGUUCAGUCUCCAUCCAGCCUUCUCUAUUACGUCAUUUGGUGACUGCGCCCUUCCGCGACACCAAAAGACUACAAUUUCCUUAACACGGAGCUGUAAUUUUCAUCAUAUAUAAGACAUAUAAGAAAACUCACCGUUGACAUUUAAAGCUCCGAUGUGAAUGAGGCGUGCAAUAGGGAAAAUUGAACAAAAUGAUCCGAGAUGUCGUGACACAAAAAGACUUACUUAUCUCAGUUGAAAUUCUUAUGCUUAACUGAUAAGAAGCAACAGAUAUUAACAUCCCGAGGAAGUAAGGACACUUAAGAACUGGCCGUAGCAUGACCUUGAAAAGAUUGAUUCUAGGCGUAUCCUUGUUGUCCCAAAUCUUUCCGUGAUGGAAUCCUAGAGAAGGAUGGAACGAAAACCCGGAGAAUAAGUUUUGCAGUGCGGACACGCAAGCCAGAAGAAAAUUGUCCAAUCACAACGUUGUCCGAAAACAAAAGAUUCUCAGACUUUCUUUUUUUGUUUUUAGAAAUCGCUUUGAUGGACAAUCUUCAAUCAAUCCUUAAGUGUCCUAUGGUUAAAGUGUCCGCACUGUAACGUAGACUGACCUUUACUCUUCGUGUCCUUUUUGAAACUGGCCACCGAGACACUGAAGCUAUUUUAUUCAACAUUUUUGCCUUUUUUUUUUUGAAUUUUUAGCCAGUUUUGGUUUUGGUUUUUUAGUUGUUUUAUUCGAUUUCAAAUGUCUGAUCAGCUUCUUCUUCUUCUUCUUCUUCUUCUUCUUCUUCUUCUUCUUCUUCUUCUUCUUCUUCUUCUUCUUCUUCUUCUUCUUCUUCUUCUUCUUCUUCUUCGUCUUCGUCUUCUUCUUCUUCUUCUUCUUCUCCUCCUCCUCCUCCUCCUCCUCCUCCUCCUCCUCAUCAUCAUCAUCAUCAUCAUCAUCAUAACAGAAGCUGAAAUAAGCAAGGCAGCAAGAAAAUUAAAGAAUAACAAAUCUGCAUACUCCGACAAAAUAAGAAACGAAAUGAUUAAAGCUAGCUUACCAACACUGCUACCUGUUUAGGAACAGUGCCUAAAAAUUGGUGCAACGGUCUUAUAACUCCCAUAUUUAAAUCUGGCGUAAGAAAUGACCCAUCAAAUUACCACGGGAUUUGUGUUUCUAGUUGUCUAGGAAAGUUGUUCUUUUCAAUUUUAAACCAAAGACUUCUUGAACACGUCACUUCGCUGAACAUACUCCACAAGUCUCAAAUCGGCUUCUUACCUAAAAAUCGAACAUCAGACCACCUCCUAACAUUACGAACUCUUAUAGACAAGUACGUCUACUGUCACGGUGAGAAAGUAUACGCUUGUUUUGUUGACUUUACAAAAGCCUUUGACUCAGUCUGGCAUGACGGACUUUUAUAUAAAUUAGUACAAAUUGGCGUAGGGGGAUGUUUCUUUAAGUUAAUCCAAAACCUAUAUUCAAACUCUUCGUGUGCAUUGAAAAUAGGUACGAGUCAAACAAAAUCUUUUAGCUAUUCACGAGGCGUACGCCAGGGCUGUAUUUUAAGCCCCUUACUUUUCAAUUUAUACGUUAAUGACUUACCGUCCGCAUUUCAAAAUACUUUAUCAGACCCUAUCAUCCUUCCAAAUGGUACCAAAUUAAAUUCGCUUUUAUAUGCUGAUGAUUUAAUUAUUAUAUCACGAUCUAAAAUAGGAUUACAGAACUGUCUCAACACAUUAUCCUCUUUUUGCAACUCUUGGAUGUUAGAUAUAAAUUCCAAAAAGACCAAAGUUAUGGUCUUUCAAAAACGAGCGAAGAAAAACUCCAAUCUAGAAUUCCAUAUAGGUAAAGAAACCAUUGAUAUUGUCCAUGAAUAUACAUAUUUAGGAACCCGUAUCUCCUCAACCGGUAAUUUUAAUAUCUCACUCGAACACUUGAAAAAGAAGGCUCUGCAUGCGCUUUUUAGUUUAAGAAAACACACAAACUUUAGCAAAUUAAAACCUUCUCUUGCUUGCAAAAUAUUUGAAACGAUGAUUUCCCCAAUAUUAUAAUAUAAUAGCGAAAUUUGGGGUGUAUAUGUAAAACAUGAUUUUAAAGCUUGGGACAAUAGCCCAAUUGAAAAAACCCACUUGAAAUUUUGCAAGCGUUACCUAGAAAUAAGCAAUAAAGCUUCAAAUGUUGCAAGCAGAAGUGAAUUAGGACGGUUGCCAUUAAUUAUUAAUAUUUAUAAAAACAUCCUUUAUUACAUAUUGUAUCUUCUGCGUAAAAACGAGGAUACUAUUGUUAAACAAGCCUUUCGUACUUCGCUAGAACUUCACUGUAAUGUUAAAAAUUGCUUUUACCAUAAUCUUAUGAAAAUAUCUGAACAUUAUGACCUCCCUGAUUUUGAUCCUAAUAAUUUAAGUGAAGCUAAGAUCAAACAAUAUAUAGAUAUAAUAAACCAAAAAUAUAUUGCAUAUUGGCAACAUACAAUCCAUCAUUCUAAGAAACUACAAUUUUACAGCUUAUUUAAACAUGAUCAUAAAAUUUCAAGUUAUUUAGACUUAAUUAGAAAUUCUGCUAACAGGAAAGAUUUAGUGAAAAUUCGUAUAAGUAACCACAAACUCAUGAUUGAAACUGGAAGAAAUAAUCAAACUUCCCGCAACGAUAGAUUCUGCCCUAUUUGUAACUCUGGUAUAAUUGAAGACGAAUUUCAUUUUCUCUUUCGUUGUCCAAAAUAUUCAAUCCCAAGGGAGAAAUUCUACAAUCAAAUCCAACAAAAUUUUGUCGACUUUAAUCAGCUAUCUUACACAGAAUUAAUAAUUAAAUUGAUGAAUUCACAGAAUUUUUCCGUAAAUUCACAUUUGUUGAAAUUUGUCUCAUUAUGUAAUGAUUUACGUAAUAAUUUGUUAUCAAAUCAUGCUGAAGACACUUGAUUGACUAUAGUAAUUAUUGCAUUGCAUUAUCAUUGUUAUGAUUUGUUUGUUCGUUUGUUUUUUAUGUUAAAGCUUUUGCAAUACUGUAACUACAUAAUUAUAGUCAUGCAAAUAAAGCUUAUGUUGUUGUUGUUGUUGUUCAUCAUCAUCAUCAUCAUCAUCAUCAUCAUCAUUAUUAUUAUUAUUAUUAUUAUUAAUUUUUGUAAAAUUGCCAAAAAAACGCUUGUUUGCUUAUUUUUAAAUAGUCAAGGAUGAGACGUGUAAUUGCUUUGUGGAAACCUCAUGUCAUGUUUGCUGUUUCAUUACUCAGGAAACAAUUGAUUUUGUGUCGGAAAAAAAUAUCUACGUCCGAGUGCUUGCUGGGAUAAACGUUGUCACUCGUGAAGCACGUUGGGAGUUUCAAAGUUUAGACCCACAAACAGGUCAGUUCUUAUCACGUCAUCUUUUGAUGUGACGUUACUCUCUGUGACAAACAUCCAGCUGAGGUUCGGCCGAAGUUGGGCGUCAACACAACAAUCGAUAGUUUUAGUUUAUGGAUAGGACAUUGGCUCUAGUUCUUUCAGGAUUUUUUAAAACGUGACUACUAAAAAUUACUGCAUCUCAGCAGAAGAAGGCCAAAACGCGGUCUUGUUGUUCCGACAAGUCUGGAGAUUAGGCGAAUAAACAAUAGCUGCAAAAUUCGCUUUUAACAGAAAAGAAUAAAACGGGAGUGAAAAUCCAUUAAGACCGCUGGAGCGCCUAAAACAUUGUUUGAGGGUGAUUUGUAGAAAGCAAGAAAGGCUAAGAGCCUCGUUAUGCUCUCUUGCGGUUGUAAAAAGAAGUGUAGGUUGAUGAAUGGAAUAGAGCGAACUUAAAUAUUUCGAACAUCGCAUAUCAUCAUUGCACGAUACUCUGGUAUCAAUUAUUAAACAAACAGGAGUUGAAAAAAUUGAAAAUAAUUGCUUAUCAACUUUUUUUGGCCCUUGUGUCUUUGUAUUUAGCUCUAUUUAGUGUAAGCGAGGAUCGCACAGAUGUCCAUGAAGGCGUCUUUCUUGGCUCAGCAUUUUUUCCCCUUUUUCUUGCAGGUGAGCCUCCAGAUGACCCACGAAUCGGUUUCCUUCCUCCGAACAACGGUACAAGUGGUCAGGGAUUUGUAACUUUUACAGUUGGUCUAAAGAAGAACUUACCAUCGCUGACGCGGAUUGACGCUCAGGCCAACAUCUAUUUUGACAAAAACGAGCCUAUUGAAACCCCUCCAAUCUUUAACACGGUAAGAAAAACAACUUUGAAUUAAAGAGAACUAUUGGUAGUAACUGUGAAUGUGUGUAUGUGUGUAAAAAAUAUUAAAAGAAAAAGGAAUAUAUUUAUUAUUAAUGAGCUUUUUCUUCUUUCCGCUCCCUAUAUUUAAAGGCUCAUGCUACGUACAUACAUAGGAAGCAACGUGGCCAAAAGAUGAGCGCGUCGGAACUCUGCUUUCAUAUCAUAUCAACAGACGUAGAUCUGGGAGUUUGUUAUCCACCACAGUUGAUAACACCGCGAGCAUUUCAUUCUAAUUCAGUAGUAGUUUAUUUAUCUAAUAAAGACCUCUGUCCCCGCCAACCCAAAGGAAAACAAUUAAUUUUAAUGUUAUACUUUUAUAAAAUGAAGUAGUGUCUUUUGUACUAUACCAAUACAUUAAUUAAUUUUCCCCUUAAUUGUGCAAUCUUAGAUUGACAGUUCACCCCCUUCUUCCAAUAUAUCUGCUGUACGUGACGUCAUGAAGGUUGGAAUUCUGGCCGUGGACAUAGACACACAAGAUAAGGGAUCUGGGGUGAAGUCAGUAGACAUGUACUACCAAAAAAUCACAGAGAGUGGUAAGCUGUUUCUGUUUAUUUUUCCCUCUUCUAUAUAAUUUUUGUUUUCUUUGAUUUUUUUUUUUCGUUCUUUUUUUUUCGUUCUCUGCUUAAUUCAUGAAAUUCCAAGGAAAAAUGAAGACCAAUUAAUUCAUGAACUUUGUUUAUUUCUAGAUAAAAGCUAUGUUCAAAAGGCCCCGCCUGAAGCCAAACCGGAUCGGACUUUGUUCUGCUUAAGAACAGAAUCGGCGCUUUCUUUAUAUAAACUCUACAAUGAACUAAAGGUUGGUCUCGUGUACAGUAUGAACAGAAAUUCGGACCGUAUCGGAAGUUAAUAAUAUAGAAAAGUUAUCCUGAGACGAAAGUAAGGUGUGAAGAUCUCUCCUCUCACUCAAUUGUUCAAAGUUCUGUGCCGUUUGUUCACACGAUGCCCAACCUCACGAAAUGUUAUCCGUUAAGGUGUUUAGUUUGUACCUUACAAUGUAUAUGUUUAGUUUGUUGGAAGUUUCACUUUGUCACUUUAAAAUUAUAUAAUAGCGACAUCGAAAUAUGGUGCUGAACGUUUUCCGCUGAGUUUUUUUCUUAAAUGUAUACCUGAAUUUAACCUGAUUUGUUGAUAUGGAAAAAAUCAAAAUAGAGUUAGAGCUGCUGGUGGUGAUGCUAAUGAUGUUGACGAUGGUGAUACUGGUGGUGGAGGUGCUGUUGCUGAUGAUGAUGCUGGUGACAGUGAUUAAGAUGAUGAUGAUGAUGAUGACGAUGACGAAGACGACGAUGAUGAUGAUGGUGAUGAUGAUGAUGAGGUGGAGUUGGUGGGGAUUUUGAUGGUUGUGGUGGUGAUAGUGAUGUUGGUAUGGUGGUGGUUGUGGUGAUAGUGUUGGUGUUUUUGGUUGUGGUGGUAGUGGCCGUGAUGAUUAAAAUGGUAGUGGCAGUGAUAAAGGUGAUGAUGGUUGUGAUGGUGAUGAUAGUGCUAGUACUAAUAGCUGUUGUGGUGGUGUUAGUGAUGAUGAUUGUGGUGAUAAUGAUGAUGGUGAUGAUGAUGAUGAUGAUGAUGAUGAUGACAAUAAGGGUCCCUAUUGUCUUUACUCUGGUGCCUUCAGUAUCAAGAACUAUUAACAGACAAUCGUAAUCGCUUUAGACAAAUGCCAGUCGUUUAGAUGAAUUCCAACCAUACCGGUAUUUUUCUCAGAUGCUGCUCAAGAUCAAUCUUUUCUUCCUUUAUUGUCUGGAAUAACACAAGACACUGCCUUUCUCCCCGUCCCUCCUGGGUACAAGUACAUGUUUGUGGCUUCUGCUGUUGAUCACGUGGGUAACAGACAACCGCUGGACUUGAAUAAAGCAAUCACAGUAGACUUUGAACUUCAGAAACGUAAGUUUGUUUGUAAAAAAAUUGUGGAGAAAAUUACAAAGUAUGAUAUUGUAAACUGUGCGCAGAUAAAAUAAAAGCAAUUCCCGACAGGACAAAUAUCCGGUUGGGGAGCCCCUGCAUCUUUUUAAAACUUGACGAUAGCAUCAGGUUCGGGCCCAGAGCUAUUGAUUGAUUUAGUUAAAGAAUUGUGCCCUAGUCGUAAGCGACUUUUAGUCCACAGGCGACCAAUUGGCUUCGUUAAAUACACUUUUCAAACAUAAAAAUCAUCGGUAAAACGGUUACGAACUGUAUUGACCUUUAUUAUAAGACAGCUUACUUUUAACGGACGGUGGUGGUGCACUAGUCCUAACACUGUCAGCCAUCAUCCUCGUAUUCAUGUUAAGUUUACGGCAAUCCUUUGUUUGCACCAAAGACUGUAUCAUCUAAGUUCUGCAGUAUACUUAAACGCUUCUAUUCAGUAAAGCCUUCAAUAUACUCCUGCAAAUUCGCCUCUUAAUUUAUAACUUUGAACUGUCGCAUAGUUUCACGUGACUAUAUAUGCGCUUCAUCGUACAAGGAACUGAUUAUGAUUGUGGUUAUGAUUAUGAUAAAGGAUUCUUACUACUUAUUAUGCUUACGUUUUACAUUGUAACAGAGUUGAGUGCAGUUCAGUUGAACUUUUGUGCAAUUCAAGUAAUUUAAAACGUAUUUCAAUAAUUGUGACUGAUUCCCAUCGAAACCUGCCGAUUUCGUUUCAUAAAUAUUUAGCUCGCAGGCGAACUUCAUUGAGCGUACAUUGUUUCGUUGUCAUUUGCAGCUUCCUGUGAACGACUCAACAAUUGCUCUGGCCAUGGAAAUUGUACCGUUCUCAAUUUCUGUAUUUGUGAAGGUGGCUUUUACGGGAUCAAUUGCUCCUUUGGUAAGUACCUCGCUUCCAUUUUCAGUAAAGUGGUUAAUAAAGGUAAACGGUUUAGCGCGCACAUGAGCCAAAGGCCCAAACGGCCAGAGCUUAUCCCGGUUUCAUUAGCAUGAAGCAUAUCAAGGAGUAUUGCUACUCCCCCCAGGACGGGAUUCUAGUCCAUCGCAGGGUACCCCCAUCAGUAUGUCGCCGUUACCCAUCUAUACAUCUGGGUGAAGAGAGACAAAGUGGACCUCCAGAUCAGGAGUUUGAGGUGUUAACCGCUGGGCCACACAAGCCUCCACAAAGUGGCUAACAGAAACGUUUUGAAGAUAUUUCCAUUUGUCAUGUUUUUCAGUCAAGUAAUACGUAGUAAGAGCACGUUCAUUUAUUUUGCUUUUUAUUCCCUCAAUAUUGUAAUAUGUACUGGCGUUCUGGGUUUCUAACCGGCGUGAAUUUAAGAGGUUUUUACGGAUUAUUCCUUUCCCGAAGCGGUUUUAACUGCCUUUUUGAAAUGAUUGGCUGGAUAAUCCCUGCAGCGUCUCCGGACUAAUCAAAAGUGCAGUGAAAUCUUCAUCGCAGGUGCCUUCUCGCGGUUUGCGUGGUUACCAUGCCACAAUCAUGCUUAACGUUCUGAUUGGUUCAUUUGCAUCAGUGUCUGUGCGUACUUUGAUUGGCUAGAAUUUUAAUUGCAAUGUGGCUGUCAGCUACACGCAAGCUGUAAAAGUUUGCAUUGUGUGAAAUAAUUCUUUAUUAUACUAGGCGACAAUUCUCUGAGACACGACGCAGCGACAGGUUGCUCCGACAAGUUGCCUGGUGUGCAUUGGACAAUUUUUUUGUAAACCUUUGUCUUCCCGAAAAGUCAGUUUGAUUUUGUGUGACUUGUCGCAGAGACAAUGAUUACACAAACCAUCCUCCAAUGGACACGAAGGAACUUGUUCCGAUCUUAUUAAUUUGUUUCCUUUGCAGAUUACCCCUUACGUUUCUUGGAUCCGAUCAUGAAUGUCAUGUACAGCGAUACUAUCGAAGAUAAUAGCACCCUAUUGUACCUCUCCGCCUUUAUCCCAGAUGUUGAUAGUAGCAGCUACAACUCAAACUUUACCCUAAAAAUUAUCAUUGACGGGCUGCCACAGGGUUUCACGCUUAAUAGAGGAAACAGAGAUGGAAGUUGUGCAACGCUGGAGCUUAAAGACUUUGGUGAUGUGUUGUUAAUGCCAAGAAAGGACUUUUCUGGAAUAGUUAGAUUGAACGUUACUGCUCAAGCGCAAACGCCAAGAGAAACGAAGCUCAGCAGUAGCCAGAUUGAGAUAAAUUACGAAGCUGUUCCUGAUGUUCCGCACCUCAAUGUUAGCAUUUCCUGUUAUCACUGGAACAGCAGCGAAAAGAUCAUACCGGUCUUUUUAGAAAGUCAGCUUAGUGAUCGAGAUGGGUCCGAGAAUCUGACGAUCAUUGCUUCUGGUUUUCCUACGUUAGGUUAUCGAUUAGUUGACAAGGGUGUCAGUAGAGUUAGGAACGGAAGUAAUGAAACCGCUGCAUACAACACGCAUGGCUGGUUUAUAACCUUUAACGGAACUUUGACACCAUUUGUCCUUACUGUCACGGCCACUGCUCAGGAGAAGUCUAAUGGUAAAAAGGCAAACAAGACUAUGGCUGUUGAUGUGUUAUUCUGUGGUUAGUAUAUUUAAAAAUCUUCAAACGUGUAUAAGCACAUUUAGGUGACUGAACAGUAGAAUCCCAGUGAAUCGAAAUCCUCAGUUUCUUAUCCUCCCGAUAUCCAAUUAUCCCAGGAGAAUAUUUAAAGAUUGGUAUUCAGCUAAAAAUAUCAGUGCACUGAGUUAAGACAAACACAGCACCCAUUCUUAGGAGAGAAAAUCGAUAGCAAUAGUAGCUAAAAUAGGCAUGGGUAUUGUCACACGCCUCAUAGUUUUUUUCUUAGCACGUGACCAAUUUCCCUUGCCUUGCCCUUCUUUUGCCUCUCGUUGACGUUGCCGUAAAGAGGGAAAAAAUAGUAGUACUAACAAUACAAAAACUUGGGUCAGGCCAUCUCUGCCCUCUGACGUAAACAUGACGGUAAUUUUUUUUAUUACUUUCUUUUUUUCUUUUUUUUUUGGUAUCAGCUUAGUCCAAAACUCGAGAAUAGAACUCACUCAGGCAUGUCUAAUGACACAAAUAUAUCAAAAUAAAAAUAUAUAUAUAAGUACAUAAGACUGAUAAAGUGCCGUUUUUUGGAGACAGUCCUAAAAUUUUCGUACUUUUAUUUUUUUAUUUUUUUUUUUCAACUUCUAGUAACUUGUGAAGCAGUGAACAACUGCUCUGGGGGCGGAAAGUGUGUUAGAGUCAAUAGCUGUGAUUGCAAAAGUGGAUUUAAAGGAUCUCCGGAUUGCUCAGAAGGUUGGCUCAGCUGAGAACUUUGUUGUUGGCCCCGCUCAAAGUUAAAUUGGUUUUAAUUAAUGAUAACGCUUUCAAUGCGCGAAAUGCAGGGGACGUUUGUUUGAGACUCCUUUCACCAUGACCCUGGCUACAGACUGUAGAGUUAUCCGUUAGUGACAGGCUUAGAAAUACUUGCUCCGAGUCUAAGUACUGAGAAGUUAUAGAUGAAUUUUUUGAGGUGUUCGCCAUCUUAGGGUUCUGUCCGGUUACGAAGGAAAUUUCAAUUGCAGUGUCUUUGGUUUAAUGUAUUACAUCUGUAUAUUAUAGUGUAUCGUUUGGUAUUUCCCCCCUACAAUACACCAGGGCGGAAACCCUCGUCCCAAAUUAAAUAUCAAUAUUCACAAUUGAUUGCAACUCUGAUAAUUAGCGUGGUUUCCACAUAAUCUAUACAAUCGCUCCAAUCACCUGAGGGAAGGUCAGCAGGCUUAGGGAAUGCACAAACUAGCUGAUCUUUACCAGCCAUUUCUAUGGAAAUCAAGGUAAAUGGUUACUGGCGUGUGUUCCCGACAAACCGAUAAUUUUUAUUCAUCGUAGUAUCUGUAACCCUUUGGUUGUUGUUACUGUUGUAGUUUCUUGCGAACAAGUGAGUAACUGUUCCUCACACGGUAACUGUACGGGCCCAAAUGUGUGUGAUUGUCAGAGUGGAUACAAAUCCAUUGGAUGCGCACAAGGUACCAUUUAAACUUUUAUUAAGCCGGAUGAACAUUGUAUUUUUUUAAACUUACUAGCUGUAAUCCAUGUUUUAAUUGAUUAAUAUGCUAAAGAACUAGGAAAGGCGAAAAGGGAGUGCGAAACAUAUUAUUGACACAUUAUUUUAAUUUACAUGAAUAGUGUCCUGCGAGCUGGUCGACCGCUGCUCAGGACAUGGUAAUUGUAGCGGGCCUAAUGAGUGUACGUGUUACAGUGGAUAUAAAGGAAUAAACUGCUCAGAAGGUAAAAAGAGCCUGUUAAUAAAUUAGCUAUCGUAUUGUUGUUCUCGUAUUGCCUGCUUUUGAGAUUCUUUCAGAGUCAAUCAGUAGUCAGUUUUACCGUUAAACCACACUAUAUGUGUCAGAUGCAUUGCCAGUCAUUAAAAGGUGACUUUUUCUUGGAAGCAACGUUGUGUGGCCCAGAGAGUUCUGUUUCUUCUUUCACAAUGUUCACAGUCAUCACUUGCUUUCAAUAAAGGUAUAAAUUGGUAACCGUAUUUCCUCUAAUAAUAGCCGUCCUUUGAUUUAUCGCCCCCCUUUGACAGAAAUAUUUAAAUAAUCGCCCCAACCCUUUCACUUUCUUCUCUCUCUUUUAUCCCCUGCCUGUUAAUUAAAAUUGGCACCCUGGUUAACAAACAAGCUUUCAUUCACUGAUUGUUUACAAGUGAAUGGUUACAAUAAUGAUCAGUGACUAGUCAAGCUCUGACGCCGAGGAUAUUGACAUGGAAAAUUAAUAAAAUCAACAAAUUUGGAACUCAUAAAAAGCCCAUUUUCAGUUUAUUUGAUUUGAUUAUUAUUUUUGUGAUAAUUAAUUGGAUGGUAAAAGAAAAUAUUUAUUGCACGACUUUCAGUGAACAACAUUUGAAAUAAUCGCCUCCCCCGAAUAACCGCCCCCUAAUUGGUGCGCAAAAAUAAAUAAUCGCCCCCGGCUGUUAUUCGAGGAAUACAGUAAUUGAUGCGAAUUUGCUGAAAAGUACUGUGGAAAAGUUGCUGUUGGCUUAAUUCUACGUAGGGCAGAAAAUCCAGGAUUUUUUUUUUAGUGUAGAAAAAUAGCUCACAAAAACAACCUUGCCUAGAAGUAUGUCCAGAAGUUUAUAUUUAUAGCGAUGAAAAAUAAAUUAUUUGUUGAACCACUGGAUUGUGACAUUUUAUUCCUUUACCUAGUUACUUGUGAGUCGUUAAAUAACUGUUCGAGUCACGGGAACUGCACCGGUCCAAAUAAGUGCACUUGUGAAAGAGGCUUCAAAGGAGCAGUCGAUUGUUCUGAAGGUAUAUUAAUAGGCCAUUUGCACUAAGAGGUCAUGUGACAUCGUUUUUAUGAAAGUGAAAGUUAUAUGAUUUUGCCUUCGAAAAACGAUUAGUGGGUCAUAUCUUAAACAAAAUAAUAGUGAUUUGGUUUCUCAAACCCGCACCAUUUUCUUGAAAUAACUAAUUUCGUAGCUGGUCACGUGACCAAAAUGUGAUUUUUAAAAUUAUGAAUUACCUCUUUUUGCACUUAAACUUCAAGGAAAAUGUUGAAAAGAUGAUGUGGUAACGUUUACAGCACAUCUGGGCGUAACUAUCAAACUUUAAACAAGACAUGAGCAAAAAGUAGUUUUGGCCGCCAAGUUGGAGGGCAAGAAAUAUGCCCUCCAACAUAGCGGACAAUACAAAUCAUACUACUUUGUUGAAAAAUCAUAAAAUAUCGCCCUUAAAUUCGUUUCCUCUCAAAUUUCGGGUGUAAGAUAUUUAUGUGCUCUGUCAAUUUUCGGCAUCAGUAAGAUUCCAACUCAUUGCCUAAAGGAAGCAUUGGUCACGUGACCUCUUAGUGCAAGUGGCCUAUUUUAAGAUAAUCAGACAGAUAUUAAGACGAACCUAUAAACCAUACACUGUUCUCAAACCCCUAGUAGGCGAGGGGAUAGUUUAUUGAUGGGAGACUAUUAGUUCUUAUGCGAGAAACGUUUUUUCUUCCAGCGUGUCAGACACCUUCCGUCUUUGUUCCGUUGUACCCCUUAAAAAGACCAACUUUAUUUUGCGGUGAAUAUAUUUAGGAUGAUACUACUAAUCGAAGAGACUACUAAAAGUAUUUUUAGAUCUCUUUCGUUGCAACAGACAACAGCAAACACUUUCAAUGCCUAAAUAUAACCUUUAGAAUUCGGUUGAUGCGAAGAAACGUUUCAGCUUUUUAGAAAGACAUCAUGUAGCGCGACAUAGCCCCUUUAAUUCUUAAAGCAGCCUUGUAAUAUACACCAAAUCCCAUCCUAGAAAAAACAAAUUCUUAGGUGCUUUAUCGAACGAAAUCGGGCGUCCUGGACUCUCGCGGCAUUUUGGAACUCACUUGUGCCCUUUAUCUAAGGUACUUUCAGCGGGUCACAUCGAACAAAAAACACGUUUCCGUUUUACGGGCACCUCUCUGUCACGGUUACUUUUAGACUUUGAUCAGUUCCCAAGAUACCAAACUUCGUACUAUCCCCGUCUCUGUAAUACGGACACCUUUGAAAGAGGGGCACUUGGCUUUGUCGCUGUAAUGUCCGGAUUAAGGCGGUUUGGGUUUAUGGCUCUUUAUUUACUGCUUUAUAUUCUUUGGCUAGUCCACCUAAAUUACUUUCUGUGUUAUUUCUCUGGCAGUUUCAUGUGAAUCUUUAAAUCAUUGUUCGGGACAAGGUGAUUGUGUCGGACCGAACGUCUGUACCUGUCAUGCGGGUUUUAAAGGACUUCAGUGCUCAGAAGGUAUUUCAGUAAAUUCAUUCAAAAUGGACUUCGUUGGACAAAAGUCAUAACUUCAUGACUGUGUUGUUUUUCCUAACACUGCAGUUACUUGCGUGUCGUUAAACAACUGCUCUAAUCACGGAGACUGCACGGGACCGAAUGUGUGCACAUGCAAAGAGGGCUUCCAAGGAGCAGCGGAUUGUUCUAAAGGUACACUACUGGUUAUUUAAUCAACGGUACCCUUGUAAAACCUUGACAUUUAAGCAAAACACUUGGAAUUAUUUAAACCUUGUCAACUUAAAACCUCUUUGGUAGUUGCCUGACGCUCUGUUGGAAAUCCCUAAUCAAUAGUCUAUACUUAUCAUCAAUGGCUAACAAGUACUAGGAUAUUGCCAUCAGUAGUGUAAAGCCCUCCCAUUGAGGAGCAAGGGAUGGUGCGGUGGUGAGAGCGCUCGCCUCCCAUCAAUGAUGUGCUCCGGGUUCAAAUCCCGGCGUCCACGCCAUAUGUGGGUUGAGUUUGUUGUUGGUUCUCUCCCUUGCUCCGAGAGGUUUUUCUCCAGGUACUCCGGUUUUCCCCUCUCUUCAAAAACCAGCACUUCCAAAUUCCAAUUCGAAGAAGAACCACUUUGUGGAUGUGCUACCUCCAAAUCAUUAUCUAUUUAUUUUAUUCAUUUAAAAGUAAAUUUGCUUAUUGACAAUUUAAUAAAAGACUUUCUUUGCAAGCUGUUACACAAGAAGCAUCCCGUAUUUAUACCUCAGUUAUUGGAAAUUGUCUCCCCCGUUGGAGACCUCAGGUGUUUCCCUCUUGCGUAUCGUUCAGUGGGGUCAUCUACUCGAACUUAUAAGGAUUGCAUCAAUCGAGAUCGAAACUCCUUGUUGAGGGCACGCCAAUGGCGGACUUUAGCCUAGUCGACCUGCAACAUGUCCUACUGUCUGCACGAUCCGCGUAUGAUAGAGGGUGGACUACGAAACCAGACUGAAAAUCCUAACGUCCUGACCUCGGUUGUUCAAACACUGGAUAGCGCUAUCUACCGGAUAAAUCACUAUCCAGAGGAUAAGUAUUAGGGAAACCAAUUACGUUAUCCACUGGAUAGAUUUUUAUCCGGUGCAUAGCGCUAUCCAACGUUUGAACAACCAGGGCCUGUUCUUUAAGUAAUAACUAACUGUAAUAUCCAUGGUUUCAUUCCCAGUUUCGUGCGAAUCACUGAACAAUUGUUCAGGUCACGGUAACUGCAGCGGACCCAAUGUCUGUACCUGUCAUUCUGGGUUUAAAGGAAUUGCCUGCUCAGAAGGUAUUUUCUACAUGUAUAAUCUACCCAGACCUGUCCUUUUUAAAAUUUAAGGGAAUAGACAUCGCUUGACGCCGAUCUUUUAAGGCACAGAGUGAUUAGGAUACACAGCCUUUUUUUGUUUUAGGCUGGCAUCUAUAUGGUUGUUAUAGUCAGGUCUCUUAGUGCAAAAUAUAGGCCGGAUCGUUACAGACGUGACAAAAGUGUCAAAUUUGGCACAGAGCUUCCUUAGCACCUACUGAUUAAUACUGGAGGGGGUGCCCGUUACAAAUGGUCCAAAUUACAGAUAAAAGGGGGGUUAACUUUCACCUAUAAUAGCAGAUUGGGUGCCCUGUGGUGAGUACUCUUCUUGUUUGAUUUGGCUAAAAAACAUUUGUUGCAAAUUUUUAAGUUUUAAUUUGGUAAUGUUUAGUUGUUGUUACACUAUUCAAAAUAGUUUUACAUGUACAUAAUACUGACUAGUGCCCAGUCUCCACACGGUAAGUGUGGCCAUGUCCAUUGUGCGGACUGUGCGGCUAUCAGUGUCACUGCUAAGACUUGCCAGUGAUAAUAUCAUUACAUAUCAAUUUAAACAGAUCACAAAGCCAGCUUUCAUAGAUGUCAUACAAUAACAUAAAACGCAAAUGUAUCACAUCCUAAACGACAGAAUCGUUAAAGUUUGACAUGCCACAUGAACGACCUCAUGAACCGUAACUGACAACGCGCCCACUUUGUAAUUGUGCAGCUAAGAUUAGAUUAUAAUUUGCUUCGUUGGUAACCCUGUCCUUGAGAUAAUGAUUAAAACAUGUCAACCUCGUCCUCAAGGGGAAAAGGAGGAGCAUGGCUGGCACAGUUGGUUAGUACGCAGCCUUCGGGGCGAGAGGUCCCGAGUUCGAGCCCGGUGUGAACACCUUAUUUCAACUUCUCUUUUUUCUGUGUAGCUUUGACUAGCUUUAAACACCCCUAAAACGGAGAAUUAAUGGAGAGAGGGGGUGAAAGGAGCGCACCGUUGACCUCAAGUUUAUCACUUAUUAUUACUGUCACGAGGUAUUGACGCAAGAUAUGGUCGCUUUACCUUUUUCUACCUUUUUAUUAAGCCCUGGGGACGAGGUUGUAAAACAUGCCUCUCCAGGAAUUUUUAACACUCUUUAUUUUUUGCACAUUUGCAUUUAAGGUCUCGGUAAAGGAAAACGAGGUGCCCACAGAAAAAAAAAUUAUAGUCGCGCGAGUAUUUUCGUUACAAAGGCAAGUUAUAUAUCAAAUUAAAGCUAAAAGACUAAAUUACCUUAUAAAAGAUUUUAUUUCAUCGAAUUUCAAAAGGGGCUUAAGUUUUUUGCUCUCGAACUCAGAAGUAUCGAGUUUACUGCUGAAGCUCCAGCCCUUUCGCGUUGUUAAAUAUUCGCCUCCUUUUUAUUGCGUCUGAUUGACAGAUAAUAGACCUAAAAAAGGUUGUGAGGAAAUUUGAAUAUGUCUCGUAUUAGCGGAAUUAUUGCAUUUCAAACUAAAAAGUCGAAUCUCGAGCGCGAUUUACGCAAAGAAACUGACAUAAAAUGAGUUACAAAGGGAAAUCGGAAAAUUCCUCACACCCUUUUUGAGUCUAUAUCAUUAUCCAUCAUAUCUGAAAGUUUCAAAGCUAUAGCUUAAAACCUGUCCCGACUGGAGGUCGGAGAAUUUUGAUUUUUGCGUCUAAAAUAGAGUGAGAGAAAAUCAGCUCUAAAGAUUUAGCGCGAGGUCCACGAUUGGCUGGUUAGCUCAGAAAAGGCUCAUUUUAGAAGGGUUAAAGAGCACUUUCUGAUUUUCUUUUUCUGCCAAAAUUAAAAUUUAGGACUCCCUCAUGCCAAAAAUCCAAAAAAAAGCAAAAUCUAGCAAUGUACUAAAAUUUUCAUUUACCGAGACCUUAAAAAGAAGUGUAUGAGGUCCCUGCAUGCCUAGACUGUAAGCGGCUCAUUCACUUCAGAGCCCUUGGACUAGAGUGUUAAUGGUAUAUGCGAUCUUUCAAAAAAAAGGAAGGUCGUCGCGUGCGUUACAAUUUACAAACAAACUAACUUCAGAAGAGCUGAAAUUUUCAGGAACAAGGCCUCUUUUAGCCAACCAAUGAUGCAUCAUUUAUGAAAAUGAAUGUAAUUUGUUUGAUGCAAUUAGGCGAAUACCCCGUGGUGACGAAAUCUUACGAUCAUGAAUUCCUCAAGAGCAAUUCAGUUACCAACUUUUCACAAAAUAAUGCUGUGGAAGAUUACAUAAAAUACCAAAAUAGCAAGGGUCAAUAAUAAUUGUGGCCUGGUCCCUUAUAAUAAUGGAGUGGCCAUGAUAAAAAGCCCAUCAGCCCCAACUUUGACCACUCAAACAGAUUUUUCACAGAUUACAUACUGCAAAACUUUGCAUUCACUCAUGCCUAUGUUGCCACACCAGGAGCCUAGAAAUCGGCUCCCGGUCACACCUUGUUUUUAUUGCUAAAUAUCAUUCUAAAGAGCUUUACGAAAUAUUUUGUUAGUAGGGGUGUUUUGAACAUGAUUGAUAUUUAGAGAUGGUGACAAAAACGAACACAGAAAAAGUCACAAAACGAGACGCAUGAAACAACCGCAAUCUAAUAUUCGUUUUACAUCGAUAUAAUGGCUUCUUUGGCUGCUAUGCUGACAUUCUUGAAGAUGGCCGGUAGUAUCACAGCUCGUCCCGGGUUAGGUAUACCGUUUAUUACCAGUUUCACGGUUCCUGAGACUUAGGGCCUGUUAACAUAAAGGUGGGGGACCCCAGGUAGGUGAGGUAACCUGCUUAGGUGGGGUAAAAAAAUAACCCUCCUUUACAUGCAAUCUUACAACCCCGCCAUCCUGGGGUGCAGUUUCUCAAGAUUAUUGAAUGGUCGCUAAGCAUGUAAACAAGAAAAAUGCUGGCAAACCACGUCUACGCUCAAUUGCUGCUCUUGCUGCAACCUUCAGUGUUGUGACUUUCUAUUGUUACCUUUAAUAAUUAUGUGAAGCCAGUCAGCGCCAAAGUGAAUUUUGCGCGAAUUUGAUGUAUCACGAAUCCGACCCCGACUAGGCUGGGUUUCCUCACCUUGAAACGUUGACAUGGCAAAAUUUGACCUCAGCUGAGAGGGUUACCUGGUGUGGCAGACCGGGCUACCGACCUUGAAGGGUGACCCCACCUAUCAUGUAAACGUGAUCAAAUUAAAAUGAGAGAUUAUAUGGACACGCGGGUUACCACACCUAAGUGGGUUACCAUUCCUACCUGGGGUCCCCCUCCUCCAUGUAAACAGGCCCUAAAAGUUAGCCCGGCCCCCUUUCUACAGUUUCAGCAGUUAAACCAUUCACCAUUUAUCAUUUGAGUCAAUCUUGUACCCGUGACUUGAGUCUCACUUUUACGACUUGAUAAGCUGUUAUUAUUUUUGGACAUGAGUGCUUCAGUGCCAAAUGUAGAGGCUUCAUGAUAAACUGUGCUGUUUUUUGAAGCUUGGGCUAACUUGUUUCUUUUUUUCGUUUAUGAGACCAGAUUCCUUUUUGUCUGUUUUUGCUUUGUAAAGCUUAGACAAACUGCGGAAAUUGUAAAUGAUAUGACUUGUGCCACAGUGCUUGCUUCUCUGUCAAAACAUGCACUUGCGUCCAGCAGAUAACUGGAUAAAGAGACACUGAAAGGCAUCCAGGCCUAUGUUAAGCUGAAAAAUUAAUUACCUCCCUAGGAAAGAACUAUUUUGGGUUCUGUCAUUUCGUUAUUUGCUCUUCAUGAAUAGCUGUCAUAAAUCCCUGAUAAUAUGUGCUACAACGGACUCUUUGACAAUUUCUUUUUUUUUCUGAAAUUUUGUGUGUGAAUCGCUAUGCCAUACGCUUUCUUCAGCUUAAAGUGACAUGUAAUGACAAGUAAUACUUGAUAAAUAAGGCUUAAGCCACACAAUAAGGCCCCUUCUAAUUGAAAUACAUUAGAAAAGGAGAAGAGACCCCAGAAGCUGAGUACUUGCAAGUUAUGAAGCAAAGACGAGGCUAUCUUAGAAAUGACUUAUGAAAAUGUGGGCGGACUGUGGACUUGCUUUAAGGGCACAGUAAUAAUCAACUUAAUUAUACAAUCAAUAAGCAAAAAUGGAUGGGAAUGCCAGAUGUUUGAGUGAAAUUGUUGUUUACAACCUGAGAAUAGAAUUCAGAGUGAUUUAAUGUAUUAAAUAACAAUGUUCAAUCAAAACACCACAGGGACCCCAGCAGGUGAAAUUUGCGAUAAUUAAAUCCUGUUUAGCACGCUUCAGUGGCAUAUUUGUAGUGGGCACCCCCUCUAAUAUUCACGGUACUGCAAUAAGCUAUCGCUGUGCAAAGUUUGGUGCUUUUGUCAACUCUGUAACGAUCCUGACCCUAAGAGACCUGACUAUAACAAGUUCAACUAAUGGGCCUUCUGUAACGACAAAUACGGUUGUGAUUGACUGGGCCUCAAGCACGGUAUUAAGUUCAAGUACCAGCUCCGCGACCUAGUGAUUGAAGGGCUAAAGAUAACACAGUGAUCACUUGUCCACCCCCCCUCCCAAAACAUAUGUAUGAUAUAACAGAAGCAAAGUGUUCGCUCUGAUUUGUCAUAACCUUCCUCGAAAUUGAGAGGUCCUGCUCGUACUGAAAUGUUAGUUCUCUAGUUUGAAUUCCUUGUUCAAGCCCAACAUGUUUUGCCUACAAUGUUAUUAUUCGUAGGCUUAAAAACAAUAGAAAGUUCCGGCAAGCAAACGCGACAGCUAUGCACGUAUGUUGCUAAUUGCUAACAAUUUAUGAUUUCUCUCAUAAAUAAAGUUUGAUAUGACUACUUUGUAACACCAACUUAAAAGUGUGUAAUUAUUGAACACAGUUUCCUGUUACUUGGUAAACAACUGUUCAGAUCAUGGAGCUUGCACUGGACCAGACGAGUGCACCUGCGAAAAAGGCUUCCAGGGAGAAGAUUGCUCAGAGGGUAUGUAGAAAAGUGUCCGAAUCUUCUUUCUUGUAUGGGGGCGACCAAGAAGGCGCAGGCUAAUGUAUGAUGCAUAACUACCGUCACGAAAAAACGCUGUACGAGUACUAUCCCGCGGGCGGUUCCUCCCUGAAAAUCAAUUUGCUAUUAGCCAUGGGGCGUGCCGCUGAGUCUUUGAUGGAAGCUACAAUUAGGGACAAAAGUGUUGAAACACUUUCAUAAAAUAGCCCUCUUUUUACAUAGUGGACAUAUCUAUCCUCUCUUCCUGUGUACCCCCUACCCUCUUCCCCCAAAUCAGACCCUCAAGUCUUUCAUUUACUACAAACAACAAUGAUUCGAGGAUGGGGGGAUUUACGGCGUUUAAACAGAAUGAAAUGAUUGUUUGUUGAUAAAAACGGCGUUUGAGACAAUUGUGUCAAGCACUUUUGUCCCUGAUUGUAGACGUAUUUUCGUCUUUCACGCAGGCUAAGUAUACAUUUGUUAUUUCUUUUAUUUGCAGUCGUUUCUGAAGACGAAGGUGGCAUUCUUAAGAGCAUUAGCACGCCAGCUAUCAUUGGUAUCUCAGCUGGAGUGGUCAUUGUUGUUGUGACACUGUGUGCGGUUCUCAUUUUCUGUUGCAAGAGACGUAGAAUGAGAGAGCGGCCUUUGCGUCCUCGGCCACAAAGGAAAAGUAUGGUCUAUUUGUAUAUUGUCGUCUUUGAUUCUUUUCUUUUUUCUUUUACGAUUAUCUUCCACCAAAUAAAAAUGAAAGAUUCGUUGAGAAUCAAUUGAAGGAAGCCUAAAGAGACCAGGAGCUUAUACAACAUAGGCUUCAUCUGCUAGAGUUAAAUUGCAAAGAUUAAUGGGACAAAAGUGAAAAGAUAGGUAAAAUAACGAUUGGUGGUAAAAUACGACAACAAGAAAGAGGGAAACAAAUUAAAGAAAUUAAAGGGAAAGGAAAAAAUGAUGGGACAGUGUGGAAGGUAGAAAUUUUGUAAAUUAAAAGGCGUAUUUUGCAGCGCGAAUCAUGAUAUUAUUUUCGGGACUAAUGCUCUCCCGCCAUUUCAUACGUUGAAACUGACAGAGAGAUUGGGCGAUUCCUAAGACUCAAUAAAUGUACCUCUGAGCCUUCGUUUUACAAACGCCUGCUCUAUGGGCUAGUGAAAAGGCAUUUCUUGCUAUAUGGAAAGUAUGAGCUUAGUGUAAUACAUCAUACCUGCGAAAGAAUGCUGAAUUCGAUAACAGAUCAGCCCGAAAAGUGCAGCCCUCGUUACAAAUGAUGCAGGUUGACCCUAUUUAAACUGACUUCGAUGCUUGCCAUCAAAAAAAAAAAAAGAAAGAAAUAUGUAGAGUGGUUGAAUGUACCUUUUCCAAGUUUUUGCUAAUGAUCCGUAAUUCUCGUGGAAAUGCAUGGCAAAAGGUUCGCAGACUUCUGGCAACUAAGAUCUAUUUUUAAACGUCCCUCGCUUGAAGUUCUAUUCUCAACUUCCCUCGCUCGUAUGUAUUCCUUUAGUUUCCCUUUGUGAAAUUUUAACAAGAUUAAUUAGUUUGUUAUUGACUACUAACAUAACAUUUUUGUUUUCAGGUUCAACGGCAGUUUUUAGGCCCCCGAACUUACCAUCAAGUGAAUGGGUUUUUACGACAAGCGCCGAGCCAAGUUCCAAGGCGCAUGCACCUCCUCCUCGGCCUCCUAGUCGUGUGCCUGUCUUCUCCUAUCAAAACCCUGCUUACCAGACAGGUGCCUUGACAGAAUAG